AAAACUCAAACGCGUACGGGAUUAUUCACUCAUCCAAGCAGCCACAACCGAUACGUAGCCUACUUGUUCGCCAGGCGUUGUUUUUUGGUUCCGGACGGAUAGUACCCAGAGCUCUGUGUGUGACAGCCCUGGAUCAUGGAUCGGGCUGGUGGAAAACAACAACGGGCAGCGACAUGAUUUCUCUGCGCUGUCUGCGGUAUAUGCAGCGAGGUUAUAGGCUUUAACAUCGCUUGGUUAUUAUAUUCCGAUGCAACCAAAAGUUCCAAAGCGGCUGUAAUGCGUGGAUUUGAACUAUUUCGCCGUUUUGCACCUGCUUUGGCGGAUACGGCGUCGACAUAGUGCAGAUUCGUGACAAAAUAGCGUGUGGAUCCGCGCCGUCUCUCGCCUGAGUGGGAUACUUGAACAUUUGCUUAUCGUAAUGGAGAUUGGGGAUGUUUACACUCAAGGUCAUUGAGUGCUAUAAGGCUGUAAUUGCGUUGUUAAUUACACACACGCGCGCGCGCGGCGCUAUAUCUUCACGUUAUAGCGCAGCCUACAAUUGACAGUACAGUGCGUGUGUGUGUGUGUGUGUGUGUGUGUGUGUGUGUGUGUGUGUGUGUGUGUGUGUGUGUGUGUGUGUGUGACUUGUUAUUCCACGGUGCAGCGAGCGUUUAGGCGAGAUCCCCUACUGUGGAGUUCUGUUGCUUUUUUUUGACACUGCGAAGCUUUCUCUAACAACAUGGAUGGCAAACUGAAGCAGGGUCGGAGAUGCCGGUCCAAGCGGGAGAGGGUGCGGAGGUUGCGGGAGGCAGGAAGCAGAGACGCCCGCAGCCCCGAGCCCAACUCCUCCUGCUCCGACAGGGAGGGGGGACACAGUCCGGGGAUGGACGCCGCCUCCCUGCCCGGUAAAAAGGCGUCGCGCCCCGCAGCCGCCGCCAGAGCUCCGCGUCCCCCCCGGCAGAAGAGACGGGAGUCCAGCUCGCAGGAGGAGGAUAUCAUUGAUGGAUUUGCUAUCGCCAGUUUCAUCAGCCUGGACCGUCUGGAGAAGAAGACUGGAGUUGUGAAGACACAGGAGAAGAAAGAGCGGUGGAAGGACAAAAAGGUGGCGAAGCGGCAGAAGAAGGAGGACAAGGAGGUGGAGGAGGAAGAGGAGAAUGUCCAGCCGGUGGUGGAUCCCCUGGAGAAUGGCUUCCUUCAUCACGCCCAGCGGGAGCAGGACAGGAUCACUGAGAGGCUGCUGAAGAAGACUUACUCCAAGAAGAACAAAAUGAUCAAGCCUUUAGUGCUACGUCCGGUCAAACUCAGCGAGGACGAGACGGUGCAGGAGCUCAGCCGACCGCACAGGAGCAACUCCAAGGAGCAGCUCAGCGAGAGUUCCACUCACUCGCUGUCAGGCCGCGGCUACUCGGUGCAGCCAGCAGCAGUGGCCCUCCUCAAGUGUGACAGCGAGAGUGACAUUGACGACAAGGUGUCUGAUGUAGGAUCGGAGAAGCUCUUUUCCCCCACCACACCCAAAGGUGUGCCAACGAAUGAGAGUCCCGAUUCCAAGACUUGUAGCUCGGCCAAAGUAUCGGGGCUCCAGCGCAGCCAGGAGCAGAGCAUCAGUGAGGUGCCCUUCACGCCUCCCGUGCCCAGCCCCACCCCAGCCUCGGCGCCUACAGGCUCCCCUGCCCCCGCUGCAGCGGCGGCCCCCCCAGAACCCCCUAGGUUGUGCCUCCCCACCCCGCCUCCCCUCAGUGUCAAGAGGGAGCAGCAACCUCCGCCCCCUGUCCCUACCCCUCCCCUGUUGAGGGCACCACCCCACCCCCACCCCCACCCUCACCCUCACCCCCACACCCAACCCCACCCACACUUGCACCAGGAGCCCCGUAUUCUUCCGCCCCCACAGCACCACGCGCGGCCAGUAAUCAGCCACCAGGUGCAUCACCCGCUGCAGUACAGCAGCCUCCACGACAUCAGGUACAUUGUUACACGUGUGCUUACAGCCACCGCAGCAGUCCAUUGGGUCUUCCCAAACAGCACUUGCCCCCAUCCCCUCACCACCACGUCAGCGGGCUCCCAUCCUCAGCCCCCGCCUUGCCUCUGUCUAUAG